CGGGUUUUAUUUUCAAAAAAAUUAGUAGAACUCAAAAUCACGUGUCUAAACUCAGAACCACUGCCCCUCGGAUAAACCUCCUCCUUCUUCAACUGCUGUUCUUCCUCUCUCGCUCUGCUACACUCACUCUAUCUCUCUCCUUCCCGCGCUCAGAUAAUUGAAUAGGGAAAUAAUCAAAGGCAUGAAAAAUCAAUGAGGUUUUCGCAGCGGAGUAAUCGAACUCUACGAUUUUUGUUGGGGUUUUGAAGCAAGCAUUAGUGGGUGGAAAUGGUUGUUGAUAGAAAAUUAGCUAAACAAGCAUAGUCAGCUCAUGAACAAUAUAAGAUGCCUGUUGUUAUGAAACCUUUCUCCCUUUCUAGUCUUUCGUCUACCUACAACCCUGCCGUUCCUUGCGAGGCAUUUUUAGGUUCAAUUCGAUCUUCACUGUGCAAGUUUCAGCUAUGUAGUAACCCUAAUAGAGUUUUGUUGAGGAAGGUUCUUUUCCCACAAUGUUUGGUGCUUUCUGGGAAUAACUCAAUUCGGAAAGCUACCAAAGUUGCCUUUUGCUAUGCUGAGGGUACCUCAGAAGAUUUGACAAAUACCAAGUCUGAAAAUUCUGAAAAUGGAAACCUACUUGAUACUGAAGAGCUAGGGUUGCUAAACAAGCCUUCCCCGAUGCCGGUUAAUGGUGCCUCUGAUACUAAGCUUGGGAGUGAACCCACGAAACCGGACAAAGAUGAGGCAUUGGAGCCUUUUUUAAAGUUCUUUAAAUCAAGAGAUACGGAGGAAGAAAUAGGAGAACAAGAUGAGACGGGGCAUGAAAAGGAAACUGAAAAGGUUGUUCUUGAGUAUUAUGAGCCAAAGGCUGGUGAUUUUGUUGUUGGCGUAGUUGUUUCUGGUAAUGAAAAUAGGCUAGAUGUUAAUGUAGGGGCAGAUUUGUUGGGCACAAUGUUAACCAAGGAGGUGCUUCCAUUGUAUGACAAAGAGAUGGAUCAUUUGUUAUGCGAUUUAGAUAAGAAUGCUGAGGAUUUUAUGGUCAAUGGAAUGAUGGGGAUUGUUCGAAAUGAAGAAGCAUUAGGCGGGCUACCUGUUUCUGGCAGGCCUAUUGUGGAUGCUGGAACUGUUUUAUUUGCUGAGGUUCUUGGUAGAACGCUUAGUGGCAGACCAUUACUUUCAACUCGGCGUUUUUUCAGACGUAUUGCUUGGCAUCGUGUGAGGCAGAUAAAACAACUUGGUGAACCUAUUAAGGUUAGGAUUACAGAGUGGAAUACAGGUGGUCUGCUUACAAGAAUUGAGGGUUUGCGAGCCUUCCUCCCUAAGGUUGAGUUGGUUGACAGAAUAAACAGUUUUACUGAUUUAAAAGCGAAGGUAGGGAGUUGGAUAUAUGUACAAAUCAGUCGGAUAAACAACGAAAAUAAUGAGUUAAUACUCAGUGAGCGAGAAGCUUGGGAAAAGUUGUAUCUCCGAGAGGGAACACUUCUGGAAGGAACUGUUAGGAAAAUUUUACCUUAUGGCGCCCAAGUGAAGAUCGGACAAACAAACAGGAGUGGGCUGCUGCAUGCAUCCAAGAUCAGUGGUGGCAAAUUUGGUUCAAUUAGUGAUUUAUUAGCAGUAGGGGAGAAGGUCAAGGUUCUAGUUGUAAAAUCUUUGUUUCCAAACAAGAUCUCUCUCAGUAUCGCAGACCUGGAAAGCAAGCCUGGCCUCUUGAUGUCAGACAAACAGAAAGUAUUUGCUGAGGCUGAAGAAAUGGCAAGGAAAUACAGAAGGAAACUUCCAAGCAUUUCCACCACUCGUAAAUCUGAACCUCCAACUAGUGACCUAUUGUUUGAAGAUGAAGCAAGUCUGUAUGCAAAUUGGAAGUGGUUUAUAUUCCAAAAAGAAAAUGAACCAGAUUCUUAAUAACACCCCAAAAGGUGUGAACUGAAGUUAAAAGUGUUGAGGUGAUGGUUAUCAUGUUGCUUUCCGGUUCAAAAAGUGUGCUUCCCAUGAGGUGGAUUUCAAAACGAUGAAGGUUAAAUCUGAAAAAAUCACCUGGUUAGAAGUUACCUUCCCGUUGUUGUACAACCACGGCUGUAAGAUUGUUUCCUAUUUCUGAUUGUCAGCAUGAAGUGCAGAAACAUCAGCAUUUUCUGUUAUAAUUCAGGAAGAGCAAUUGAGAAUAGAUGUAGUUGGUAAACCAAAUUUUGAAAAUGUAAUUUGAUGUCCUUUUUUCUUUUUGUUCA